AUCAGUUUAACGUUGAUGUUGGACAGAAAAUAAUCAAAAUUCAAGAUGGCCAGAUGUCACGAUGGUGUCUUAGACUUUUGUCGUUAACAUUAUUUGUUUUGUGUGAAAAAGUGUUUUUUCACUAUGGCUGACUUAAGUGUUGAUAUUUCAAAGUUGCCGGACGAAAUAAGAGAUAAGUUGGCAGAGUUGGACUUAGAGUUAUCUGAAGGUGAUAUAACACAAAAAGGAUAUGAGAAGAAACGCACUCGACUUCUUUCACCCUACAUUGCCCAACAUCAGCCUCAAGCAGGCAAUCCACCGAUACGCGGGCCUCGUGGCGACGGUGGCAGCAGCCGACAGCAUACAAGGAACCGUCGGACACAUCGACGUGUUACACACAAUGAGAAGAGAUACCACUCAGUGAGAUCGGCAGCCGCUCUCCGCUCGCCGCCUGGAAGGACCAACAGGCGACUCACGCGGAACGAGAGUCGCUACCACUCGGAAGUGAGGCAGGAGGCAGUACAACAGGCGCUCGCUGAAAUGCAGAACAGACCUAAACCUUCACUUCCGAUGCCAUCGAAGAGAACCUCUAUGAUGGCCAAAAGUCCUGAUAGAGAAAGACAUGAUCUGUCAUCGAGUUCAGAUGAAGAUUCUUGCGCUGGUGACAGUGAGUUGCCCCCUCCUCCAGAGUUGGGUUCACCACCAGCUAGACGACCAGCCGCACCUCAUCCACGAUCCCACCCACACCCACUGCCACAACCGCACCACCAGCGUGAAAAGAAACAUGGUCUCAGGGACAAGACGGAAAUAGACUUGUCAGACAUCACACAUCUACCGGCUUACAUCCAACCGGACGUUACGCACACUACGUCGGGGGCCCGGCGUGGUGGAGCUCAUAUAGCUGACCGUGUUCAGUGUUACGCUCAACCCGAAGACACUGGCACCGGCACCGGCAGGUGGAAGGUAUCAGCCAAAAUACAACAACUUCUCAACACCUUAAAGCGCCCGAAACGUCGACCGCUGCCGGAGUUCUAUGAAGACGAUGACAUUGAAUUAGAAAUCGCUGCGAACCCCAAAGAUCCGAACGCCCCCAAACCCGAGGGAGGCACAAUGACCCCGGCUGUGGGCGAGCAACUUGUGGUACCCGCGGGACUCCCACGAAACCUUGAAGCAGCUUUACAAAGAUAUGGAACAGCAUCAUUCAAAGCCAACGUAGCUACAGUGCUCGAUCCAAACGGAAAACUGAGCAAUUCACUUACCUAUGGCAAGUUGCUAAGCCGCUCACUAAAAAUUGCUCACGCUUUGCUGAACAAAACGUUCACAUCGAAAACUAGCAGCGGCGGACCGCUGACGGGGGAUAAUUCCAUAAAACCGGGAGACAGGGUGGCUCUGGUGUACCCUAACAAUGAUCCUAUAAACUUCAUGUGUGCGUUCUACGGUUGCCUGCAAGCCGGCAUAGUGCCAGUGCCGAUUGAAGUGCCAUUGACGAGACGGGACGCCGGCCUUCAGCAAGUCGGCUUCCUGUUGGGAUCUUGUGGUAUACAAUAUGCACUCACGUCUGACAACUGCUUGAAAGGGUUACCGAAAACGUCAUCGGGGGACGUGGUAUCCUUCCGUGGCUGGCCGUCACUGCAGUGGGUGUCGACAGAGAAGUUGCAAAGACCUCCUCGAGACUGGAUCCCACCACCGCGUCCCGCCGAAGACUCCCCAGCUCAUAUAGAACACACCUCCGCCGCUGAUGGUUCAGCGAUGGGAGUCAUCGUUACAAGGUCGUCAAUGUUGGCACAUAGUCGUAUGUUGUCCGUCGCCUGCAACUACACCGAAGGCGAACACAUGGUGUGCGUGUUGGACUUCAAACGUGAAACUGGUCUCUGGCACGCUGUGUUAGCCAGCGUUCUCAAUGGAAUGCACGUUAUAUUCAUACCAUACGCCCUCAUGAAAGUCAGCCCGGCCUCCUGGAUGCACAUGAUCACUAAAUACAGGGCGUCGGUCGCGAUUGUGAAGUCACGUGAUCUCCACUGGGGCCUAUUGGCGACUCGUGACCACAAGGAGAUAUCUCUCAGCUCGUUGCGCAUGUUAUUGGUCGCUGAUGGAGCUAACCCUUGGUCUCUAUCUUCGUGUGACCAGUUCCUAUCAAUAUUCCAAAGUAAAGGUGUUCGCGGCGACGCUAUCUGUCCGUGUGCAUGCAGCAGUGAGUCGUUGACGGUUUGCGUGCGGCGUGCGGGACGAGGGGGAGCAGCAGCUGGCCGGGGCGUGCUGUCCAUGUCCGGACUCUCAUACGGAGUGGUUCGAGUAGACGCUGAGAACUCCCUUACCUCACUCACACUUCAAGACUGCGGACAAGUUAUGCCAUCCUGUGUAAUAGUGGUAGUGAAGAUGGAGGGUCCCGCCUAUCUAUGCAAGACCGACGAAGUGGGGGAGAUAUGUGUAUUGUCUGGAGCCACUGGAUCGGGUUACUGGGGACUACCCGGUUUAACUAACACUGUGUUUAGAGUACAGCCGUUGGAUGCUGACGGGGAGCCUAUUGGAGAGGAACAUUAUGUUAGAAGCGGGUUGCUAGGUUUCCUUGGCCCAGGAGGUUUAGUAUUUGUUUGCGGUUCUCGUGAUGGUCUUAUGACGGUUACUGGCAGAAAACACAACAUGGACGAUAUAAUCGCAACUGUUCUUGCUGUGGAACCAAUGAAGUUCAUAUACAGGGGUCGUAUAGCAGUGUUCUCUGUUCGAGUUUUGCGUGAUGAACGGAUAUGUAUAGUGGCGGAACAAAGGCCAGAUUGUGGGGAAGAAGAGUCAUUCCAAUGGAUGUCUCGCGUUUUGCAAGCUGUUGAUUCUAUUCACCAAGUGGGUAUAUAUUGUUUGGCACUUGUGCAACCAAACUAUCUACCCAAAACACCCCUCGGUGGGAUACACCUUAGCGAAUGCAAGAGACGAUUCCUUGAAGGAACUCUACAUCCUGCAAACGUACUGAUGUGUCCACACACGUGCGUUACCAACCUUCCGAAACCCAGGGAGAUACAUUCAGAUGUUGGACCAGCUUCGGUCAUAGUUGGAAAUUUAGUACAAGGAAAUCGUCUAGCGUCUGCCCAGGGUCGGGAUAUGGGAUAUAGUGAUGAUUCUGAUGCUGCUAGAAAAUAUCAGUUUAUAUCACAAAUAUUGAGGUGGCGCGCUCAGAGCACAUCCGACCAUGUCAUAUUCACAUUGCUUAAUUCCAAGGGUGCUGUAUCAAAAGUACUGACAUGUGCCGAAUUGCAUAAAAAAGCGGAAAGAAUCGGAAAUCUAUUGCUAGAGAAAGGCAGAGUGAACACCGGAGACCAUGUAGCUUUGAUAUUUCCACCGGGGCUAGAUCUCAUUUGCGCAUUCUACGGCUGUUUGUACGUAGGUGCUGUUCCCGUUACAAUUAGACCACCACAUCCUCAGAACCUCCAUACCACGCUACCAACAGUACGCAUGAUAGUAGAUGUGAGCAAAGCUACUUUGAUCCUUUCCAAUCAAUCUGUGAUAAAAUUGCUCAGAUCAAAAGAAGCUAGCAACGUUCUCGAUAGCAAGGCGUGGCCUAUUACACUUGAUACAGAUGACGUUCCUAAGAAGAAAUUACCAAUAUUAUACCGAGCUCCUACAGCAGAAAUGCUUGCUUAUUUGGACUUCAGUGUUUCUACUACCGGGAUGUUGGCUGGUAUUAAGAUGUCUCAUGCAGCUGUCACUUCCCUCUGCCGUUCAAUGAAAAUCGCUUGUGAAUUAUACCCCUCUAGACACAUAGCACUCUGCUUGGACCCCUACUGCGGACUUGGAUUUGCUCUAUGGUGCUUGAGUAGCAUCUACUCCGGUCACCAUUCUAUUCUUAUUCCUCCAUCAGAAGUGGAAAUUAACCCCGCCUUAUGGCUUAGUGCUGUAUCUCAAUAUAAAGUACGUGACACAUUCUGUUCUUACGGUGUAAUGGAAUUGUGUACCAAAGGCCUCGGCAGCUCGGUUAACCAGCUUAAAGCGAAAGGAAUUAAUUUGGCAUGCGUUCGAACGUGUGUUGUAGUUGCAGAAGAACGACCACGAAUUAAUUUGACAAACUCAUUUUCGAAGUUAUUCUCAGCACUUGGCCUUACUCCACGUGCGGUGUCCACAUCGUUCGGUUGUCGUGUCAACAUAGCCAUCUGCCUCCAAGGUGCAUCAAGUCCUGAACCGUCUACAGUUUAUGUCGAUCUAAGAGCAUUGCGUAAUGAUCGUGUCUCGUUAGUGGAACGCGGGAGCCCUCACUCUCUUUGCCUUAUGGAGUCCGGCAAAUUGUUGCCAGGAGUUAAAGUAAUCACAGCUAAUCCUGAAACUAAAGGCCAGUGCGGGGAUUCCCAUUUAGGUGAAAUAUGGGUGCAGUCACCUCAUAAUGCUAGCGGCUACUUCACGAUAUAUGGUGAUGAGAGUGACUAUGCUGACCAUUUUAGUGCUCAAUUAGUUACCGGUAACACUGGGGAGGUUUACGCUAGGACCGGGUACCUCGGUUUUUUGCGACGAACUGAAAUCAGUACGACGAACGCAUCUGACGAUACGUCUCUAUUGGCACGAGACAGUGACACAGAGUCUAUGUUAUCUGGAUGCGGCAGUGUGUCUGGUCUAACUGACACACACGACACACACGACGCUGUGUUUGUGGUGGGAGCUCUUGAUGAAACAAUCAUGUUACGCGGUAUGAGAUACCAUCCGAUCGAUAUCGAAAAUUCAGUUAUGAGGUGCCAUAAAAAAAUUGCUGAAUGCGCUGUUUUUACAUGGACAAAUCUGCUGGUGGUAGUUGUAGAGUUGGACGGUAACGACAGCGAAGCUUUGAAUCUGGUGCCCCUUGUGACGAAUACUGUGCUAGAGGAGCACCAUCUAAUUGUUGGAGUCGUGGUGGUGGUAGACCCCGGAGUGGUGCCCAUCAACUCUAGAGGAGAGAAACAACGCAUGCACCUCCGUGACGGAUUCCUCUCCGAUCAGAUUGAUGCUAUAUACAUAGCUUACAACAUGUAACAUUCGAUCAAUUACCCAUAGUUGUCUUUAAAUCCAUUUUGAUUUAAGCACUACUCCUGUUACACACAAUAUUGGUGAUAUAUAACCCUUAAUUAUAUCAAAACUUUUAUGUUCCCGUUUAAAGCGAAGCUUACUUUUGGGUCUAUGUAAUACACUCUGUGCUCAAAUUAUACAAGAGUAUAUAAAAUUAAGUGAAUAGAGACAACUGUAUUUAAAAUAUUUUGAACUUUAUAUAAUACAACCAUUUUGAUUGCGUGACAUACAUACGUGUCACUUUGAAUUAAUCCAUUUUAAUUUUGAUGUACCCAAGACUGCAAUAAGUCUGAAUAUUAUUGACUUAAAAAUUAAGAUUAAAAUAAAACAUCACAAUAAAUGAUUACAUUUAAGCACUUACUUUAAUCGGUCUCAAUUUGCUUUAUAUGUAGUUAGAAUUAAGUUUAGAAUGUCAUAGUUGGUAAACAGGCUUAUACUGUUAUAUAAUUAAUAAUAUAAUAGUACUGUUGUGAUUAAUAAGCAAAUAAUUUGUAAUAGUAAUGGGUAUGUAAUUGUAUUACUCUCGGUAACAUUAUAAAAAUCAUAAUCAGUUAUCAGAUUAACAAAAAUAUAUUGCAUUUAAAGUAGAUAAUUGUUCGGUGUUUCUAGUUUAUUUCUUUUUUAUUGUUGACAAUAAAAUGAUGAAUUUUGAGCUCUGAUUCAAACUGCAUUUUAUGCUAAUGUCAAAAACGUGCAAAAAUCUUAUUAAGAAGUGGUAAGUAUUUACUAAUAUAGUUUGGCAUUCCGAUUGCCUCAGUAGCUGUGAAGACUGUAUUAAAGGGGUCAUGUUAUUUGUUAUAGGACUUGGUAAAAUACAUAGUAAUUAAAAAUCAAUAGAUAUGGAAUUGUCUAUGUUUUUAUUUAAAGAAGUAGUAUUUAUCUUAUGCCAGCAAUACAUUGUGUAUUUAUUAAUGUAUUGAGUUUUUGCUUAUGCUUGUUAUAUUUCAUUCUUAAACAUGCAUGCUAUAUUUAGUUAUCAUUUUCCGUAUUUGAUAUUUAUACGACUAUGUCUAUCCAUUUCUAAUUUAAGGUGGAUAUUGAUUAUCCAUUCAUUAAAUUAGAAUGUCAUGUAAGAGUGUGUUUGAAAUUUUACAGUGUUAAAACUUUUUUAAGUUUAUAUUUAUAUAUUUUCAUAUUUAUUUCUCUGUUCUGUUCGAAACUGCUUCUUAAACUGUCUUAACUGUAUGCUAGAGUGAUAUACCUGUCAUAGAAUUUUAGUAUCGCCUCAGUGUGCACAUAACCCUUUGUUUAGGUAAAACCUUUGCUAUAUACAUUUCAUAUAAUAAUCGGUGUAGUCGUUUAUAAGCUAGUGUAAUGAAUUUCGUUUAUUAGCUUAGUCCAUUCCAGUAUAUGCCUGUGUUCUGAACAAUAUUAUGGAAUAUAUUGAAAUUAUUUACAUCUACAUAUUUAAAUUUUUUUAUUUACUAAUCAUUUUUUUUUUGUAAUUAUUUAUUGCUAAAUUGUAAAUAUAAUUUUGUUGUUUAAUUUUACAUUUUAAUGUUUUGUCUUUUUAUUAGCAUUUACAAAUUUUCGAAAACAAAGUCUGUUAGGCAAUGUUUGAUGAAAAGGAUUUUUAAUUAUAUAAUAUUGUAUUUGAAAUUCCUUUAAUAUACCUAUUUACUUUAUAAAAGUAUAAUUUGAAUUAUAUUUUCAAAUGUAGUCAUCUUACAAUUUAAGUAUACAAGUAGUGUUAUGACUCGGGUUAAUGAACAAUCUUACUUGUAAUCUUUAAUUAUGCAUAAUAUACUGGUUCGAGGUCCUGCAGGAAUUUGAAAAGAUCAGAAUGAUUUGAAGCUUUUUAAACAACUUAAGUAGCAAUAAUAGCUGUAAAAUUUAAAUAUUUGAGUAUACAAAUGUAAUGACGCACAAAAUUUUUAAUGUUUUGGCAUCUGAAAUGUUUGUAAGGGUUGUCUAGCUGUUAAUUAAAUGCCAAAAUGGUCUGUUGGGACUUUGUAACCGCUUUUACAAUUGUGAUUUUUCUGAAACAUGAAUAAAUAAACGUGCAUCUUUA